GCGUAUUUACAUUUGUAGUCGCAGACGGCUUCAAUCGAGACGCACUUUUCUCGAGCUCAGUUUCUUCGUGCGGGUAAUUAAAGAUCAAAUUGUUUUAGGCUGUGCGCCUUCGCACCUAUGUUUGCAAUCUAGUUGGGCCAAAUAAUUGCAUGUAGUGUGGUAAAAUGAGCAUUUCCGAUUGGUACAGAUCUUGUGAAGCGCGUGAUAUAUUUCCUUAUGGGGGGUGACGUAGAACUUUACGCACACACACACACAUACACAUGAGUGAAACUGAACCCGCGCGCUAUAGUGGCAUCGGUUUGGCGACAUUUUCGGUAUUGCGCGCACGCAAUGCAGUUGCUUAAUGUGAAAUUUUCGCGAUCGUGUCGUUAACGGAGCAAUUAGUGCAGGGUAAAUGGAGUUUAGGAAGCAAGGUAGUUAACGGUUAUAGACCAGAUACAAUGAGGCUUGAAUGAGAGACACUUGAUGGGAGUUUUGUGAAUGAAUGAUUUUUGUACUUGUCGGGUUAGUUUUUUUUUGUAUGCGUAAGUGGUAUCAAGAAUGAUCACAAAGCAGAGACUGAGUGGUAAUACUUCUUUUGGUGAUAUUGCUACACCGAUAAGCGGGUGUGACAGUAGUAAUACCGGCGAACCGUCCUGCGAAGGUAUGAACCGAGACAAUCAAGGCAGCAAUGACCAGCAAUCGAAUGAUUGUGGCACAUAUCGACAAGGAUCCGACCAGAAGAAACGUUUGACUGGUUCGCUACUUUCCGACGAUAGCUGUAAUGCAGUAGACAAUAUGCUUGGUGCAGAUGACGUACGACCGCAAAAGAAGUGUGGGGAACCGGACCAAAAUGCUGACCUUUCGUUUAAUGGUAAAAUAAACAGUUUGACUAAUGGAAGUCAAACUCAUACGACACGUGCAUUGACAAACGCAAUCGAUGGCUCCAGUACGAAUGUUCCGCAUGUGGCCGACGCUGUUCGCAAGAGUGAUUUACUGACCCGGGAGGAAAAGUUCAACGAAUCAUUUGAACUGUUGACGAAGGAGAAUAAUUCUUUUAAUCAUUACAAUAACGAAAAGUCGCCCGAUUUGUUCGCGGACGUUGAUGAUGAUGAUGAAAACGAGGGGAAUGGCGUUGGUAGAAGAAAUGGCGAUGAACAGGAUAAAGAAAAUUUCGAUUAUUUGCAUCGUUCAUACCAACGUGCUAGUGGGGUCGGAGCAAAGGAAGUAGACUGUGGGGAUGAAAGCAGCACGGAUCGGAUUGACCGUAUUCUGCUAAAACGAAUGCAAAUGUCGCUAGCAGGCAUACCUCCACCGCCGGCCCUUACCUACUCAGAUAUCGAUGUUGGUACCAUGCUUACCAUAUAUAGCAGCAAUGUGGAAUCUUGGCUAAUGAACAACGGGCUGCACAAAAGCGACAGUGCUGUUGACGGUGCGGCUAAUAGCAAACAGCAGCAAUGUCUCACUAAACCAACACACACGAUUGAAGAACUGGCUAGCGUAAAAUGGCCUGAACUAAAGAAACAUCGGGCACACGGACUGCACUACAACCGUUCAAGGGUGUCGGAGACAUUUGAGCUGCUAGGCUUAAAGUACAUUGAACGGUACAUAAGCGCAGAAACUAGUUCCUCGUUCAAUAUGACUAUUCUGCAAUCGAGUGCUAAAAAACGAAACCAGCGAUUAAAAAUGUUAAAUCAAUCACCGGGAAGACGAUUAAGCCAUCUAGCCAGACGAAGGGCUACGUUUUCCUCCGAAAGCCUACUUAAUACUAGCGGCAGCAAGAGUGGUAGUAUAGUAAGUGCCGGAAAGGCUGCUAUCAGUGCGGGUGUGCUAAGAAGAUUGAAUCCGCACCGUGUGUGCAAUAAUAGACAAGUGCUACUAGAUCCCAAAAAAUCAGACAACAGAAGAAAGAAUAAAAUUAAAACACCCAAACGUCGAACGCCGGGUGGCAAGAAAUCCCCGCGCCGUCGUACGCCGGGUUCAUCAGCUAAAAAAUUGUCUUUGCUUCGUACUAGUGCCGGCGGUAAAUCCUCCUCCAACCAGGUACAUGUUCCCGCAACACGCGAAUCAUCCAAACGGGCUUUGUUUUUAAGCCCACAAAAUAGUGGUCCAUCGCAUCUGGAACGUAACGAUGAUCAUCCUACACUCGGUAGCAAUAGCAAACAAACGGAACGAUCAAUAUUUUCCGAAGCUCGAAUGUUAAAAUCGAAGCGAUCGUUAUUUUCCCAACCACGCGGGACAACAACGGAGAGUAACGGUGAAACCACAUCUACCUCAAAUGUGUGUAGUGUUGCGUCCAGCGCGAAUGCCAGCACGAUGUCAACUAAGCGAAGACGCUCUUCAAUUACCGACGACAAUGGUGAAGGAAAUGCGUGCGGCGAACGGGCGGAGAAAAUUCGUCGCACGGAAUCUUCCGGCUUAACUGAAGAAGAUUUGACGCCACGCUCACUAAAGUUUGCUCGUAGCAAAAGUUUCUGCGUGGGGUUGCAAAGCAUGACUCUUCCUUCAGCGGGAUCGUCUGACUGUACAACAGGCGUUGGAGGAAAAUCCUUGAUCCGUGCGAAUUCGGAAAUUUCCUCUGCAGAUGGGCCGCGGCCUUUGCUUAUGCUGACGGAAAACCACAAAAAGAAACUACUAUGGGCCGUUUCGCAAGCACUGCAAAGCAAGCAAAUUACGGCAAAACACGAACUGUUUAAGCAACAUGCGUCCAACUUGGUGCGUGUAGUGAAAAGACUGUUUUUAGAAUUUAACGAUCAAACCAUCAGCAGUACGAGCGAAAAGCUGCUUAAGUUAGCAAACAAGCAUGUGUACGAGGUGAUACAGGGUAAAAGUGUGGACGAUAUUUAUUUCCGAGAGAAGACGCGCAUCAUGAAUGCACGCAACAUGCCGAAACUGCAGGGUUACAUCGCGCCCGAGGAAUACGAACUGCGCAAGCUGAACCGGACUACUAGCAUAACCUCCUUCGAUGGGUCGUCCCCAUUCGAUUGUUCGUUGAGCGCUAGCCAAAGCUGUCUCAGUCAGAGUUCCAUGCUUUCGCAGGGUAGCUCCUUUGCUGGUUUAUCACAACUAUCGCAGACGAACAGUAUCGUACGCACGGUCCAUAUGAUGAAGCCUGCCUCAUCGACUGGUAGCGUAAACAUGGCGGGCCUAAGCACCACUACUACCGCAUUGCGCGAAAACGUCGACAGUGAGUUGCGCCAACGUUCGAUAAAAAAGCAGCUGCUCUUCUCGGGUAAAGACCAGAAAAACAUAAGUCCUUUCCGUUCGGAAAAGAAUUUGACUCUACUAGGGAGUAACGCCAACAAACUGCUGGUCGGUGGUUCGUUCAAUUCGAGUAUCAUGAAAGCUAAGCGACAAAUUUCUUUCGAAUAGCAUUUAAGUUGGUUCAAUGUGUGAGAAAAAUAUUGCGUUAGAAAAUGUAUCAUUUUGCUCACCCCUUAGGGAUGUCAUAGUGGCUUAUAAAAUACGUCUUACAAUUUAGUGAUUUGUGGUAGUUUUGUGUGAUGGUUUAGCAACUAUGAAAGACAAUUACAAGAAGUAAUUUAUGGUCAUUUAACUAGUAAUUCUAUUCAGGGUUCCGUGGGAUGUAAAGUCGAAGUGUAAAAAAAACGUUUUAAUAGCAAUAAAUUUUUAAAAACAAA